AUCAUGCAGUGCAGCUGGCAGCUGGACCUGGAUCCAGGAACACACCACUUCCCAACACAAGCUCACAAUUCCUCUGAGACGACUUUCAAUCUCUGUAUAGCUUCUUGCGAAACAUUCCUCCUAGAGGUGGCCCCUCCCAGUCUCUUGGUUCGGGUCUGUUCGCAUCACCAAUUCACUCUUUGGAAGACAUGUCGUCUGAUCCUCCAAAUAUGUCUGCUACCACUAAGGAGAUGCUCGCCCGCGUGCGGCAGAUGAUUCCGCCUAUGCUGGAAAAGUUCCACAAGGGGCAGCUUGGCAGAGUAGCUGUCAUCGGUGGGAGCGAGGAUUACACGGGUGCGCCCUACUUCUCAGCGAUGGCUAGUGCCCGGUUGGGGUGUGAUAUGUCCCACGUCAUCUGCACCCCCACCGCGGCUACGGUCAUCAAAUCCUACUCACCCAACCUCAUGGUGCACCCCCUGAUGCGCUCCUCCCCUUCCUCCCCGGCCGCCCCCGUAACGGGAGGGCAUUCCUCAGCCGACACGGACCCGUCCAAAAUCGCCGAGCGCAUCAUCCCCAUGCUGGACCGGCUGCACGUGCUGGUCAUCGGCCCCGGGCUGGGCCGGGACCCGCUGAUGCAGGACACGUGUGCGCGCGUGAUCCGCGCCGCCCGCGAUAAGGGAAUGCCCAUGGUGCUGGACGCCGACGCGCUGCAGAUUGUGCAGCGCGACCCGGACCUGGUGCGCGGCUACGGCCUGGCCGUGCUGACGCCCAACGUGGUUGAGUUUGGGCGGCUGACAUCGGCGCUGGGCGUCGACGCCGAGGUUGGCGCCGCCGCCCAGCAGCACGGCGAGACGGCAAAGGUCGAGGCCCUCGCCCGCGCGCUGGGCGGUGUUAUGAUUGUGCAGAAGGGUGCCAAGGAUCAUUUGAGUGACGGGCGGACGACCUUCACGGUCGAUCUUGCCGGGGGCAGGAAGAGGAGUGGUGGACAGGGGGAUACGCUUACGGGGAGUAUUGCGACUUUCUUGGGGUGGAGGAAGGCGUACCUGGAUGGAAUCUGGGAGCAUGGGAAGGUGCUGAAGGAGGAGGAGCUUGUUGGCUUGGCUGUGUUUGGGGGGAGUGCGAUUACAAGGGAAUGCUCGCGACUGGCUUUUGCCAAGAGAGGCCGUAGCCUGCAGGCCAGUGACUUGACGGAUGAAGUGCACACGGCCUUUUUGAAUCUGUUCGGGGCAGUUGAUGAGGAUGCCAGCGGCGCAAGACUCUGAGCGUUCACUCCUGGCGUGUGUCGAUGUUAGCUUUGUGAUGUUGAGUUGAUCUUCGAAACUUCCUAGUUUCUGGCAUCUAGGAAUCUAGAUCCGAAUAUGAAUAGAGUAGAAAGCUAAAUACUCAGACUAAG